AUGCCAACCUUGUAUAUCCCGGUAGCCGCUUUGCAGUAUGGCUUCAAAACGUACUUAGGAAUCGUGCCGACGGUGACGAAUUGGAACUCUACUGCCGACGAGUUCUCGCUGGUUUUCGACUCGAACCCUCUGACCGAGUUCGUCGAAUUGCCGCCGGACUCACACAAACAGCUGCACUAUUCGCAGAUGAUUUGUGGCACGAUUCGCGGUGCUUUGGAAAUGCUUAAUUUGGAAGUGCAUGCGAAGUUCGUACAGGACCAACUGCGCGACGACCAAGUGAACGAGAUCAGGGUGAAGCUGAUCAAGAAGAUCCGCGAAACCGUCCCUGCAGGCGACGACUAA